UGUUUUUAUGUCUUUCGGAAUAUAGGCCAACGAUGAUCUAGAAAUGCAUUUACCGUUUCCAUGGCGAUGAACUGCGUUUCUCCCAGCUGGAGAGCGCGGGAGAUCUAGAUUAUAAGGUGAUGACUGCUUGACGCCCACCUAGGUGUUAUCACCAUGUCAUUUUCAGACACCCGAUUGGGUGGGUCAGACUCCUGCUCCACCACCCAGUUCUCAGAAGGAGACACCUCUGAAAGUACAUCAAGAAUGUCAGUGGAAGUGAGUUCUGAGGAUGCCCCUUGUAUUGAGGCUGAGGGAUCUUCUAGUGCCACAGCCAUUCGCUCUUCAUCCUCUAGCGCCAGUCUGACCUCCCAAGUUUCUGGGCAAUCUUCUCAAACCUCUCCACAAAUGUCCAGUGAGCAUGAAGUGAGUACCACCGAUUUUGAUAACGGCCUUGCUGUCAUCACAGAUAUUGACAGACCACCAAGCCAUUUUUCUAAUGUAUAUAGGAAUGUCUCAGAAUCAUUCCAAGAAACGUUGAAUACUCAUGAAUUAUGCACCCAUACAGAAUCACUAUUGACCAGUCAGCCAAAUUCUGUCUCUGUUUUGGGCUGCUCUAGCAAAGAAAGUGCCCUGAUUGAUUCUCCUGUGUCAGUGAACACAGCUCAGUGUCAAGGGCAAACUUUGGACAACCAUGAUGCAGUUAAGGCACUGGAUCAGGUGGAUUCUUGUUCAGACACAUCUAAAAGGGCACGCGAUAUCAUUGAAAAAGAUUUUGGUGCAGAAACGUUUCCACACGAUGUACAAAGUGGAACCUCUAGUGACAGUCUGUCCACCUGCUGUAUGUCAGAUCCAGCACUUUUCAUCCGUUCAAACAUAAGAGCACAGGACAAGGUUGCUGAACAAAACAGGAGCAAAGUUUCAGAUCCUCCUGUUUCACCUGCCCACGUGAUCACUUACUUCUCUUUUCCAGCAAGGGGUGACUCAGGAACAAAUGUUGACCUGUUAGAGGAACCAUUUGAAACACCGAAUGAAAGGUUGAAAAAAAUAGCUGGUAAUGCAAUUGAAAAUGAAGUCAAGGAUGUACAAUGCGACUGUUUAGCCACUGAAGGUGAUGAAGAAAACAGUGAAUCUAAUAAAACUCCACCUCAUCUGGAAAGGAUAAACUCUAGGGUUCUUCUACGUAGUUCUUCUGAACUUGCCACAGUAGUAGGAAAUGAUCCUCAGAAUCGCUCAUCAGACGUCGAAUUAGAAGGUCGCAAAAUAUCUUUCAGCAAAAUGAUGGAUAGUGCUCAGUCUUUCAGGCCUAUGGCUGAUUGUAUGAAUGAAGCAAUGUAUUCCGGACAAACAUCAAUCAGAACUCAGCCAUUUGGAAUCCAGUCAGCCUUUGGGAACCAAAGACUGGCAGUAGGAACUGUUUUUUCCAGCUCUGAGUUCAAUGCUCAACCAAACUCUGUUGAAGAACAAUCAAACUUUGAUGGAUCUUUCCACCAAAUAAGAGAAGCCCAACUUCAGGCUAGAGACUCACUAUUAGCAGCUAUUCAUUUGGCCAACAGGUUGCCCUUGCCAGCCGAACAAACCCAAGAGUCGAACAUAUCCCCUCGUGUACGUUUCAAUGAAAAUGUUGUGGUGGGCACAUUUUCCGGAAUUUCACCAACUGAAGAGUUGAUAACAACAGAAAGUCAGCUGCUAGCAAGUCCAGUAAUUUCCCAGUUGUCUGAUAGAUAUGGUUUCAAGCUGUCAGACGAACAAUUAUCCCAGGAGUCUGAGCUGUCUAAUAAAUCUGGAGAAGAGGAAGAAGAGGAUGAGUUGGCCAACACUGGUAGUGAUCAGCAAGGCUGUUUCUCACAGCAUUCUGUUUCAAACUGGUUACAGAGCUAUUUAUUUGACACAGACAAUGACCAUUCUCGUCCUUAUCUGAUGAGGAAAUCCUCCAGCGACGUACUGAAGGAUUUAGAGAUGUCUGAAUCAACUAGUCUAGGAGUUAUUGCCCACAGGCUGCAGCAGAUGUUAAAGAUCACGGCAUGUGGUAAGUCCAUGGAUAGUGGAGUACCAGUGCAUGAGACUGAAACAGAUUUUUCUUCACAACCUUCUCUUGCAAAUAUUUCAGCUCUGCUUGAACAGCUUCUACAGAGGGAUGGAGGUAAUGUAUCAGCCGACUUUGGAUCCUCACAGGAGCUUGAUACUAAUCGGUCCACAACGUCUCUGGAAACGGUGGGCUUACUGUUUGAUGAACUCAUGAAAUCUCUACCAGCACCAGGACUUGAUAGGACUACCAGCAGUGAUGAACAGUUACUCAGUAGUGGAGUAAACAGAGACAGCUAUGCUCAAUAUGCCGUGGACACAUGCCAUGCAUUUCAGAGAUACGCUCUACAGCAGAAAUCAUCAUUUUGUGAAAGAACAGGGGAAUCAUGCGCAGAAAGUACUUCUGAUAGUGAAACUACUUCAGAAAAUAGCAAUAUUGGCCUUGUAGGAGAUCUUAGAAGUGAAGCCUUAAAACCUGAACAAAAGAAGGCAUCCAUUUGUAAAGAGGAAGUCAACUCUGCUGGAGACUUGUUACAAGGUGAUGAAUGUAAUUUGCCAAUGAUUGGAGCAGAUGAAAGCUGCAUUGGUCCAACUUUAUCUAACAUUGCUGAUUUUCUCACGCAAGCCCUCAGUCAUAAACAACAUGGUGAGGUUUCAGAAAUUUUCCUGCAAAAACCUGCGUCAAAUUUAGAUUCUGCAGAAAGUGAAAUGUUGGCUACAAUUGGCAAUAUGUUACAAAGGAUUCUCAGAUGUGACAGAAAUGAGCAGACAACAUUUAAUCCUAGUGAUACAGUUUUCGUCCUAGAUAUGAACAGUGGUUCUGCCCGUGUGUAUAAAUCUCCAGAAGACAAGAAGAAAUCCGUUGUGGGGAAUUUAUUUGAACGCAUCAUUUCACAGACAAGCUCAGCUGAAUCUUCCAGGGAUACCCUUAUACACCAAAAGAUGAGUGAUGCUUUUCUUAUGUUUAAAAAGUAUUUAAGUAGAAAUUGUCCAGAAGCAAGUAAAAAAUUUGUGGAACAAGAUUAUUCUAGCUCACAAAGUUCCGAAGAGGACAGACAUGAUGUUGAAAAUUUUGUGCACAUCGCAAAUAAUGACCAAAACUGCGAUCAGCAUGUACUCUUAGAAAAUGGGGAGCCAUCACUUGAUGUAAAAAAGCAAUUUGUGAUAGGAACCACUUCUGCACCUAUUGACCCUCAGUAUGAUGGUUUAAAGGUACCUAUUGGGUUUGAGAAAACUUUUCAUUCAGGUAAGCAGGAUUUGGAUGGCUUAGGGACUCACUCUAGUACAUGUUCAGGCCAAAGUACAAAGUUGUCUUCCAAAAAGAAUGCUUCAGAGAAAGACCUGAAAUCUACAGUCAAGAAAGGUAGCUCUCAAAGCCUGCCAGGCACGUCCAGCAUAAAAAUAGAAAUGAAAGAAAAGUCAGAUAGUGCUGAAACAGUUGGAGUCAAGGCUGAAACUGCGGUUCAAAGGGACCCUGUUCAUAGUAGAACGACCAGUGUUUCGUCUGGGGCAUCAACAUUAAGCACCAAAGACAGUUUACCAGGCGAUGCUUCACCAUUGUACAUUUUGAAAACCAAACAGCUCCAAAAGGUCCAAGCAAUGGUGAGCCACAGUGUUCCAGGAAUGUUGAAAAAUGAAUGUGAUUGUACUGCUAAGAUUGAUAAUAGGCCCUGUUGCAAAACUGCAGAUAGGUCUGUAGUGUGUACUCAUGAAACCAUCAGAUCAGCUACAGGGAACCAAGCAGUUACAGGCCCAGAGGUUGAACACAGUAAACCUGAAACAAGAGAAGAAUUUGUGCAGUUGACACCAAAGGAAGAAAGUAGUGAUAAUGGUUCCCAGGAACAACAAAUAGACAGAGAAUCAGAAAUAAAAUCUGUUGUUCCAGUUCACCAGUCUCUGUCUGAAGAGUCCAGUUUUUCUGAUGUCAGUCAUGCUUCUAGUAUUGUUGAUAUUGUACUAAGAAACCUUUCUGAAAAGCUAUCAAGCUCUAAUGCUAGUAUCAGCAGUGAUACUGUAUCAGCUUGCAUUAAGACGCAGAUGGUUUCAGAAGUUCAGGAAGAAAAUGUUAGAACUGACCUUUCAUUAACAAAAGAGAUAACAUCUGGAAUGCCUUCAUGUGCAAGUGACGUAUGCCGUGAAAAAAAUGUAAAGCAAAGUCUCAUUGAAGGACUGGAAUCAUCUAAAGGUGAAAUCCUUGCUGAUGGAAUGACAUCACUUUCCUUGGUCCAGAACACUGUUGCAGACCAAAGCCAAGUUAAUGAUUCAUCAGUGCUUUCUAGAUUUGUUGAAAGUAAUGAAACUCUGUCAUCAAAAGAUGGAGUCACUACCACAUGUAUAGAUAAAUCUCAGGCUAAUGCUGCAAAAUGUGCUUCCCUUCCUGCAAGGCAAGCUGCGGGUCCAUCCGCUGCAGUUCCACAUUCCUAUCCUAUUGUUGAUGUGCGACAAAAAGAAAUCAUGCAUGACACACCAUCAUGUCACAGCACAAGUAGCAGUGUAAUUGCUACAUCAGAAGACGGUGUUGAAUUGUCAAGCACAGUGUCCAACAUUUCCAGUUUUAGCUAUGUCCUGGACAAUCCAGCUGGUAUCGACAAUGAAUCUAGGUGUGAAACUUUGUCACAAAGUAGCGGUUUAUCAUUUCUUGGUCACUUAGCAACUUCUGAAGUUUUGCGUCGGGAGUAUGAGUCAGGGUCAAUUUAUGAGGAAAGCAGUGACACAAUAGGUGCAGAGGCAAAUAACAGGAAAGAUACAUUCAGCCAAGUGCAGAGUGACCAGACUGAAUAUACUCUAAAUGACAAAUACCGGUUACAGACCGAAAAGCACCACUACUCUUCUAGUGCGCCACAGGUCGGCUCCGCAAUAUCACCAAGCGUUUCCUCAGACAUGCAGUGGGGCUUAAGAGGAAGUGACUAUCAGGAGGGAGAUGGACAAAGUUCUGAAGGAGAUGAAACAGAGGAUGAUGGAUUGGAUGGAUGGGUAGAUAUGGUUGGGGGUCACGGUGAUGAUGAGGUCCCUGAAUUAGAUCUGAUGGGCGACGAUGAUCGCUUUUUAUUCAACGUCCCUGUUGCUGCUCAGACUGAUCCGAGCUCCAGUUCUAGUUCUGAAGGUUCUGGCUACACUCCACCUAUCAGAGAUGUGCGUCAAAACCAUGAUAUUGCUGAUGACCAGUUAACUUCAGACACCACUGAAAUGAAAGAUGAUGACAAUGGGGAGGCCAUUGAAUAUCCAGGUACAGCUUUUUCGCAGAAUGUUUCUCAUACUUCUGUUUUGCAACAAAGCACUAGUGAACAUCAUGAGGAUUCAAGGGGCCAGAGUCCAGUCGAAAGCCUCUCUCAAACCAUGGAUGAACAUGUUUUAGAAACAAUGCAACCAGCAAGACGCCAUUCUGUGGUAACACCAAACAACACUGAGGUAAGUCCAGACAUGAUUAAUACCUCAAGCAGUAUUAUGUCCCAAGCGUCUGGUGAUGGUCUGAACAUGGAAGCCGGAAGUGCUUUACAAGGCAACAGAUCAGAUGAGUUACCUGAUGGAAGAAGCAGUGAAUCAUGUUUCAUUGAAAAAGCCUUAAAUAGUGUCAGGGAUUCUGAGGCAGCUGUUGAUGACCAAGUGGCUGUUUCUGAAGCCAUCAACAGGUUAGGAGUGAAUAAUCAUGACAACAUGCAUCAAAUGACUGUUGAAAAUAGUGGAAUGGCAAACAUGGAUAAUGUUAUUGACAAAGAAACGCAUGAGAGAGAAAAAUCAGUAGAAAGAAUUCCUGCAGAAGAAGCCAGACUGAAUAUUUCAGACCCAAUAGUUAGUUUGGUCCAGGGUACUUCAGAAUAUCUGUGCAAGAGAAACCAAUCAGUUCAGCCUGAUGUGACAAGGGAAGCACUCGCAGAACUGAAAAAUGUAUGUCCAGACCUACGUCUUGACCCUAUAGGCUGCAGUUCUGGAAAUGAAUCCUCAUUUAGGAUGAUAAGGAACCCAUGCUAUGGACCAAGUUCUGAGAGCCUAGAGGAAGAAAUAGUUCUAUGUUGUGAUGAUUCCUUUGUAAACAGCUAUCAAAAUGGACUGCCUAAUCAGUUAGAAUGCAUAAGUCCCAGCACCAGCCAACCAAUACGACCGGCACGUUCAUCAAAGUCACGCAAGGUAAACAAGGAAAAAACAGAUAAUACUUCAUGCAGUGAAGUUAUUCAAGCCCAUAUGGAUCCGGAUUCACCAAGCAUGGAAAAUCAGCACAAAGUUGUGUCUGUUCAGGUGGAGGAGACUUCUUACAAUGAAGUUAUCCAAGCCCAGUCAGAUCAGCUACCAUCAUGCUCAAAAGAUUCAAGAAGGAUGGAAAAUCUGCACCAAGUUGCAUCUGCCCUGGUAGUGGAUGCUCUACAGAGAAGCAUUGCAGAGAUAGACAGUAGCUCAGAUACAUGUAAAGAUGCUGGCAAAGACUCAUCCAAGAAUUCAUCCCAGUGCAACAGAUCUGUUAAGACAGAUGUAUCAAAGGUUGAAACUUCUAACGAUGAACCAUCUGGUGAUAAGAAUUCUUUGCCUGAACUAGUUUCAACUGGUUUUGUCCCCUUAAGGAAAAUUUUCCUUACUGAGUCAGAGAGUAUGAUACCAGCUGAUCUUGCAGAACUGGAGCAAAAUGUGGACAGUACAGCGGAUGAGGGAACAGUCAGUUUGCCUGGCACAUGUAGGACGUCUCCUCACUGUCAUGGCAUGGAUGAUGAAGCUAGUCAGGAUGGAAUGGUGAAUGUUAAACACAGCACAAACCAUAUGUCAGGGAUAGAAGUGAAAAACAAAGGGUUUGUGUCAAGUGGAGAAAACUCAGUUGGGGUUCUUUCUGGUGAAGCUGAAAUUCCAAACUCAUCAGUAUUUAUUAUCAGAGGUGGAACACAGAUGGAAGAAAGAUCCACGCAAACAACAGAAGCCUGGGAGCAAGAAAUUCGAGCGAGAAGUGUACAGGUUUUAUUACAACAUAGAUCCACCCAGACAACAGAUGAUACCCAUGAACCUCCUGAAAGAAGUACGAAAGUUUGGUUGCAGCAUGUGGCAGAACCAGCUCACCGUAAUGUUUUCCAAGGCUCACCCAUGAUACCCUGUGUUUUGAACAGUGAAGCCCUAAAGCUUACGUCAGAUCAGCAGGCUACACCAGGAGAUGUUCUCAAAAAGUCAGCAGAAAUAAAGCACAUAAAGUCUCCAAGACUUCAGACUUCUACAGCAGAGUCCACUUCUUUCAUUUCAAGAUGUUUUGAUGCUAGACCUCAUAGCCAGCAUGUACCUUUGCCAACACAAAGAUCAGUAAAGAUGAAGGCGUAUCCGAACGUGAAAAAUCUGACUGCAAGAGCCAAUUUGGGGUCGCCAUUAAGUGGUUUACCCACUCAAAGGCCUGAAAGCACGGUUGAGUUCAGGGAAUCUGAAUAUAUUGCUGUAGCAUCUUCAGAGUUUAUUCAACCACAAAGCAUCAGUUAUCAAAUGCAGAGGUCAACUGCAAAUUGUCCUACAGACGUUGCCUCCCAAGAUACUCCGUCAUCUAUUCAGUCAACAUUGUAUUCAAGUGCAGCAUCCACAGUUUGGCAAGGUUCUCUGUCGAGUGAGGGUGCCAUUGUGGCACAUCCUGUGAUGAGACCAUUUUCAUGUGAUGGUACCGCUGGGCUGCUUUUACAAACAACACAAACACACAGUGAGCAGGAACAGAGACUGAACCAAACCAUGCUUCAGGUUGAUAGCGGUGGAAGAAGCCAGCCAUCAUUGUGUCCCACGUUUGUGCAAGACUUUGCAGGCCUUCCUUCAGAUAGCAUUGGUACUAGGCCACGUUUUGACAAUGGCUCUUCCACCAGGUCUACUGCUUCACAAACCAUCUAUACAGCACGACCAUCUGCACCUGAAGACUUGUCCCAAAAACAAGUAAGAAAGGAGGAAUUAGAUCAUGGAGUGGAUAGAACCUCCAUGAUGGGAAGUCUCCAAGCAGACUUUGGAGGUGGUGUGUAUGUUUGUGACCGAACCAGUACGUCAAAGGAAAUGUUAGACUUCUCUAGCUCUCCAUUGCUAAAGGUUAAAGUGAUAACACCAACCAAAAAUGACCCAACUUCUGCCUCCUCAAAUACAGAAGGCUCCAUGGAGGCCACAGAGCUUUGUAUCACUGUUAGCUCUCCUGUGGACUCUGUCAGCUCUCCCAUGGACUCUGUCAAGCCAACCGGGUCAGAGGAAACUUCUGUAAACUCUUUGGUUUGUUCUCCCAACACUCAAGCUGCCAACUUGACAGAAGGGCGUAUGGAAUCCCCACAGAAAGGACGGGUUGUCCCUAUCUUGAGCAGUAACUAUAAAAUAGCCAGUCAGGAUGUCCGCACAUUCCUUGUUGAAAAGGUGUUACUGGAAAGCCGCUGUCGAAAACUUGAACUGGAAGUUUCAAUAUUACAAUCUGACAAGAAAAGGCUUGAGGAAAGAAGUUCACAGUGUCUGGAAAAAAAUUCUGACCUGGAGUCUAAGUUGGCGGAGGUCACCCAAGAACUUGAAGUUACAAAGAUCAACUUGAGCAAAGACAAUACCAAGACAACAGCCAGAAAACUGGCAGCCAUGGAAAAGGAGCUUGAGGCUUUGAAACUCAACAAUGGAAAACUGAGCAGUGAAAAUGAGAGUCUUAAGACAGAGUUGUCAUCCAUGAAGAAGUUGUCAGAAUCUCAGCGACAUACUCAUGUGACUAGGGAGAUAACAGCAACAUUGGAUGCAUACAAGGCAGAGAGUGCUGCAUUGAAGGCUGAGCUGGCAGAGGUAAAGGAUUUGUUAAACCAGAGUGAGGCUCAAGUCCAGUCAUUGGAGGAACAGAAGAGGUCCGCAGAGACGAAUCUUGUCAGACUGACAGAAGUCAAGGAGUUCCUUAAUAAAUCAGGAGGAAAUGGACUGGGAGAGACUGCAGCUGAAUAUAUGACAAAGAUCUUGGAGAAUCGUCUGAAGCUGAAUGAAGAAAGAUUCUUUAAAGAGAGAGAAAAUAUGGGGAAGUGUUUAACAAAAGUGGAAGAGAAACUUUUGACUCAAAACUCCAAACUUGUGACAUCCGAAAUGGAGUUAACUCGCCAGCUGACACUUGCAAAAGACAGAUGUCGACAUUUGGACGAGAAGACGAAAGAGCUACGGGAGUUGAACUUGGAGCUUCGUCUCGCACUCCCUCUUGGAAGUGACAUUCUUAACUCCACAAGAAAGAGUUCCUAUGACCUGCCCGACAGCAUUCAUUCUACCAUCAGGGCUGAAAGUAAACUGAUGACCACAGAUGUUAAGGAAAUAAUGACCCUCAUCCAGCGAGAGACAGGACUUUGUCCUGGUCAAGAGACUGACAUGGUCUGCGAGUUGUGGCGAAGGUACGAGGCGGCUGGACACAAACUGCAGGAAUGGCAGCAGUAUCUGUUUGACCUGAAAAUCAGCGAGGGGGACAUUACCACAGGAUUACAGAACCUGAAGGAGAUGAAGAACCAGUACGACGAGAAGAUACGAAUGGCCGAGGAAGAAGUGGAAGAAAUUCUCAAUGAGAAAAACACUUUGGAAUCUACUUACAAAAAACAGGUGUCUGAGCUGGUGAAGGAACGUCAUGAGGCUCAGGCCAAAAUGAAAACUGUGGAGGACCUCAUGGCAGCCAUGAAGGCUGAGAACGAUACUCUGAAGGAAGAUAUGCUGACGAGGGAAGCAGCUCUGAACGAAACCAUCUCUGGUUACAAAGCUCAGUUGUAUGAGUUAUCAUCAGAGAAGGAUGAGCUGGAGGUCAAAGUGUCUCAGCUAACACGCAGCAACAAGCUGCAAAAGGUUGAGAUUGACAGGCUGGAGGCGGAGCUAGCUGCCAAGGAGAGGACCCUGGCAGAUGUGACUGAAGAGCUGGAGUAUACUAAACUGCAGCUGUCUGAGGAGGAAAAGACAUUGCAACGACAGAUUGACUCCCUCAGUGAACAGACUAGAAAUCUAGAAGCAGAUGUGGAGGUUUGGCAGGAUAAGUAUCAGGCCCUCUGUGAGGAGAAGGUGUCCAUAGAAGAAAAGGUGACAGCAGCCAAUCAGGAAGUCGUCAAGUCUAAAGCCAAAUCAGCAGAGGAAGACGAGAAAAAGACAUCUCUUCUGGAACAUGCCCUUGAGGACCGUGAGAUUGAGGUGAGAACAUUGACCAAACACUUCCAAGAGUCAGAGGCAGAGUUAGAACAGACAAAACAGCAGCUUCUGUUGGAAACAGAACGUAAUGCUGAUAUCACAAAACAAUUGGAGAGCCUACAACAAGAGUUGCAAGAGAAACGGAAGUUUGCUGAGAGUCAGAACAUGUCAGAGAAAGAACAGUUAAAACAGUUGACCAGUCUGAAGGAGGCCCUAGAGGGAGUGACCCAGGAAUUGCACAAAUCUAAAGCUACGUUAGAAGAUACACAGAAUGAGGUAAAAAAGGUACAGGUGGACUUGAGCCUAGAGAAGGACAAGACCUCCCGUCUGGAAGAACACUUGGCCAAAGUCCAGCAGCAAAAGCAGCAGGAAUCCGAAGCUUUGCAGCGUAGUCCAGAGAAAGUAGUGCCAGACAUGUCACCAAUGUAUCACUCCACCCCAGCCUCCACAGACCUACGCAACUGGGACCUAGAACAGGAGCGAGACCGGCUUAAAGGGGAGCUGUCUGAGUUGACACUGGAGAGAGAAACAGCAAGUCAGCUGACAGCGGACAAAUCUGACCUUGAGCAACAUCUGCAGUGCUGCCUAGAAGAAAAGGAUGAACUUUACAUGCAAAAGGAGAAAUGUGAUCGAGAUUUAGAGAAAUUAGAACAGUAUCUUCAUGACAUCAUCACAAAGUUUGACCUGGAGGCGAGACAGCAGCAUGGCAACUUCCAGCGCAGCUAUGCGCAUUUGGGACCAGAAGCUCAGAAGCAUGAAGAGGAGUGCUUAGACCUGCGGGUCUUACUAGAGGGGAAGGAUGCUGAGUUAGGGGUGCUGUCAGACAAAUUAGAGCGUCAGAAACAGGACAUGGAUUUUUGUCGUCAGAAGAUAAACAUGCUGCUGAAGGAGAACCAAUGUCACAGGAAUGACAUUUCUAACCAGACCGUUCAGUUGGCUUUGAAGAUGAAGGAGAUGGCGGCCAUGAUGGAGGUGAAUCAGUUGCUGGUGUCAGAGAGGAGUCAGUUGCAGAUGGAGUUACAUCAGGCUCAGACACAGCUGGACAGGGAGGUGGAGCAACAUGACAGGAGGAACCAGGAAGUUGCACAAAUACUUAAUAAGUUUGAUGCAGAGUCACAGAAGUCCACACAACAUGAGGUGCACAAGCUGGAGAACAAAAUCAUUGCCUUGGAGGCUGAUUCACGCCAUGCCAACAACACGAUCAGCCAGUUAGGAACAGAGAACCAGCAAAACAAGGCUAAGAUGGAGCAGUUGAAUGAGGAUGUACGCAGUCUGACCAACAUGAACAGCACGCUGGAGCAGAGGCUGGAGGCUGAGAAACACACGGUGUCUGAAAAUCAGGCGACCAUCAGUGAACUGCGUGAGGAGAUGAAAGAGCUAACACAGAAGAUGGAUUUCCUGAAGCAUGAAAAGACUCUGCUGAUGACAAGUGUAGAGUCUGAGAGAAAAACAGCUGAGAACCUCAAGACCCAGCUGGAGAGCAAGGAGAACGAGCUGAAACAGCUGAGAUUAGACCUGGACACUCACAGAGGUCAGCUGCUGGUCAGCCGAGAAAACUAUGAGCAGCUGUCAAAGGAAAAACAAAAUAUCUAUGCAGAUUACCAGGAGUUGUGUCGUCAGCUGAAUGAGAAAGAGAAAUCAUUGGUGGAGAAUCAGGCCAUUUUCAAUAGCAGCAUGGAGAACAUUCAGAGAGACUUUUCAUUGGAGAAAGCGUCUCUGGAGACAGACAAAUCAGCCACCAUGAAGGAGAUGGAUGCCCUCAGAGAUGAGAUCAGAGAACUGAAGGAGAAGGUGUCCCAGAAGGAGGUACAGCUGUGUACAUUUGGCAGGACACUUCAGGAACUGGAGGAGAUGACCAAGCAGAAUCAAGAACUUGAGGAGAAGCUCCAGAAGAUGGUGACUACCACUGAAGACAGUAAGAUUCUGAUCAACUCUCACCGCACAGAAAACAUGACACUGCGGGAAAACCUCAAAGACCUGGAGGAGAAGUAUGCUAAACUGGAGGCAGCACACAGAAACCUGGAGGAAGAGUUCCGUGCCAAGAGAGACAACUUCUCCGAGCAGACACUGGAAUUUAAGCAUAAUAUCGCUGAAAUGAAGACAGCCCAUGAAAUGGAGAAGUUUGAACUGAAAGAAAAAGUGGCCAGGUUAGAAUCCCAGCUAGAAACUGCUGAAGCCAAUCUGAAGACUCUCCAAGGCUCGCACAAAGAUUCUGUGACAAACUCCCACUCCCUGGAGAGCACCUUGCAGCAAGCCCAGGCCGAAUUACACCGUGCAGAAACAGAGAAACAGAUUGCAUCACAGAAACUGGCUACCAUCGAAGAGGAGUACAAGAAGAUGAAAAGGAAAUCUGAGGAAUUUGAAGUGAGAGCCAGGCAGGCCCGGGCUGCUGAAGCCGAGAAAUACAACAAACUGAAGAAAGAGUUCACAGAUCUGCAGGCUGCAGCUUAUGUUCACGAGUCAAAUGUCAAGGCAAAACAGGACCAGGUUGACAUGCUCCAGGAGGAACUGAACAAAUUGCGACAGGUGUUGGAGACUCAAAGGCAACAGCUUGCCAGCAGAUUGAAAAGGGCUUCUUUUGACUUCAAACAACAAACGGACAACCUUGAUCUGGAGAGGAAGCGUCUGAGUGGCCAGCUGGAUCAGGUGAUGGCAGAUCUGGAGCAAGCCCGGGAACAAGUCUCUGUGAAGGGACGGGAAAACCGCAAGCUUCAAGAAGAUCUAUUCAAUAUGGAGGCUCAGGUUAGGGAAGUGUCCAGCAAACUGAGACAAACUCAAGACUCUCUGCGUCACGAAGAAGAUCUUCAGCAAAAAGCUAAGGACAGAAAUAUAGAACUGGAAGAAGAGCUGAAGAAAGUGAAAAGUUUUGUGUCAAAGAAGGUACAAGAUGAUGGCACAGGGGAAGUUAAGAUGACAUGGAAUGAUAUGAACCGGUUUAUGCAGGAGUUGAACUUGAAGAUGGACCAUCUGAACGCCCAGAAGAUUCCUAACAAUGACAACAAAGACUCUUCAACUGUCCACAGGCUAAGGAAACAGCUUGCUGAGUUACAAACGGAGCUUCACACAGAGAAAGCAUUACAUCAGAUCACACGCAGCAGUCUGCAGGCGUCAGAGGAUGACUGUCAGCGAUUGCGACGACAGCUGCGCUCAAAACAGCGCACUUCAUCUGUUGAUGAAAAGUCACAGAAGAGCCGCAUGGAGAAGAUCAAUGAAAUCAUCGCCAAGUCACAGACGCAGGCCCAGAUGAUGAUGGCCUCAGGUGGUUACCAUGACUACAGCUCACGUGAUGUCUCACUGCUCACUCCACGUUCUGGCGGCUACUCCCCGGACACCUCACUGGCUGAUCAGUCCGCACUAUUCAAUACUUCUUACAACAACAACACUGCGUCCACAGAAUCUGUACAUGUUGCGUCGUCUGCACCAGAGCACAAAUGAUGCCCCUGCAGUCUGAAUCCAUCCAUUAUGCAAAUCAACUUGUAGUGUGUGUGACAAGUAACUGUAUCUGGGACAGUUGUGCAAAAAACACAUUUUUGAUAUUUGAUGCCAUACUCUAACGUGUAAACCUAAAACUUCCAUGUCAAAAAGGGAAGCAUCCAUUUUUCCAUCCCAUAAUUUUGAAGCCAAAAAAGACCAUGUGACUGUGAUAUUAUUUGUUCAUGCAUGUGUGUUGUAAAGUUUUGUGUAUCGGUUUGUCUGUGAUCCCUAUAUCCUUUAUUAGUCAUAUUUAUUAUUUUAUUUAUUUAACCAGCUUUUACCAG